GAGUUCUUGUGUCCGGAUAGUGCAAAGCAAGAUCUUGGUCACUCAGUUACGUGGCGUCGGACACUCUGGGAAUAGCGUCAUAUGACGCAUCGCACAUUUCACGAUACAGUCUGAUAUCAACUCAAGAGGUCAAUGUGGUUUCCUAACAUGGUCGUUGUUUGUGAUCCCGAGCGAGGUAACGAUGGACCAUGUCAUGGAUAUAUCUAUCUGCUAUGCGUUCUCUUUUUCGCAUUCAAUAUGGACUCGUUCAAUUGAUUUCAAAAAUUUAGAUUCAGUACCUUGCGCAGUUUUUUAGCGUCAAGCGUCACAACAAUGUCUUCCCCUCAACUCUGGCUCUAUGCUUCGUCCCGCCUCCGAGAUCCCACCGUCACAGACGAAAAUUUUAGUCAAUGGUAUCAGGAGCACCAUGUCCCCGAUGUCCUAAAAACCGGCUCUGUCACAAAAGGAGAAUUCUUUCGACGUCUAGGCCCCCAGAAACAGUUUCGCUGGCUUGCUGCAUACGACUGCGACGAUUUAGAUUUCAUGGAGCCGGAGAACUUCGCCCGCAUUCCAAAAACACACAGCAUGCUCGGCACGACCAAGUCGUGUUUAGAGAUUGCUGAAUUCGACACAAGGAUCUUCCAGCAACUCUUCGUACUGAAGAAUGGCGAAGGGAAUGAGGCGGGGAAUAGUGGUCCCGACCGGUAUCUAUUAACCUGUACUUUCCACUGCGACGACAAUGAUUACGAAGCGCUCGAGCGCCGCUGCAUUGAUGGGGAUAUUAUACAUGCUUUUCCGGGGUCGCGAUGGCUGAAGAUCUCGAGACCGUUCGAGGACGAGGAUACUUAUCUCGGGUUCAUGAUUGUGCAGGCGCUCGGGGAUGUUGAACCGAAGGAUUUGCUUUGGUUGGAGGAUAACUGGCGGUCGUAUUUGGCGGAGACGCUGGGGCUGGAGAGACAGUUCUUGCAGCCGCAUUUGUGGGAGCUUUUGAGGAGGUGUGAGAAUGGUUCGUAGAUGUGGUGGGUUCGAUGAUGUUCAACUAUAUAUCGAGGUGGAGAUGCUUAACAUGAUGUUCUUGAUAGUAUUCGAACUCGGAU